GUCACCUGGCCCUAGCUUUCGCGGGCACCUUGCUGGUCGCCGCCAUUGCCGCAUGUGUUCUAGUCGCCGUACAGCGCAUCCAAGAUGACCUGGAUCAAAGACAAGUCUGCAAUACCACCGCCUGUUGGAGUAUAUCGCAGAGGCUGCGGCGAAGCAUGAACGAGUCGGUGGACCCGUGCGAGGACUUCUACGAGUUCGCCUGCCAACGCUGGGACGCCGAUCAGCGCGGCCCUAUCUGGCAGAGCACGGCGGAUGCCAUCAAGGGGGACUUCAGUGCUUCAAGGGACGCACUGCUGCAAGGCCGCUUUGGCGAUGCCAACAAAGCCGAGCGCUACCUCAUCGACUUUGUCAGGCACUGCGAAAACGACGAGCCGAGAAACACGUCGGAGGGCAUGGACCCGGUGCUGGUGGAGCUGAGGUCGAUGGGCGGCUACCCGCUGUUCCAGCCACACUGGCAGAACGCCACCUACUGCUGGAUGCAGGCGGAGACGAGGCUCGCGCACAUGGGCUACAACCAGGCCCUGCUGCAGGCGCGCUUCGACGUCGACGCCAAGAGGCACGGACGCAGGAUCAUCGUGCUCGGACUCCAGCAGUUGAUGUUCACGCGAGCGGUCCUCGACAAGGAGGAAACGGUGAAGGGCAUUCAGACAUUUCUGCGGAAUGUUGCACUUCGUUACAGGGCGUUCACCACCCAUGCUAACGAAUCUGACCACGAACGGGACGUUGACAACCAGAUCGCCGAGAUGUUCAAUUUCACCAGGGCGCUACUUGAGGAUCUAGAAAAUGAAACAGUCGCCAUCCAAAAGCCUCAAAGAAUGACGGUGGAGGAACUGUCGAGAAAAGUACCGCAGAUUAAGUGGCUCGACUACCUCCGUAAGCUGACCUCGCCCGCUCUGAAGGAGGCAGGCUUACCGGAAUUGAGCUUCAAAGACAGCGUGAUGGUGCUCAAUCUCGAAGCACUACGGGCACUCGCCAAGUUCAUCGGCAACUGCCGCCACAAUACCCGCCAUAUAAGGGCGAUGGCAAACUACAUAGGCUACAAGUUCCUGAUCAACAGUGUCGUCUUCUCACCCCGAUCGGAUAUUCGGCAAACAUAUUACGAUUACACCAUGCAGCAGGGUGUACAAUUCAACCGCACUGUCAAAUGCAAAGAGCUAGUAGAAACCUUGAGGCUCGUCAGUUACCACCACUACUUCCGUACAAACCAGCGCAAGUUUGAAAAGCAAAAGGUGCUGGCAGUUCACAUGCUAGACCAAGUGAAGGUACAAUUCAACGAGACACUGAAAUCGGCAACAUGGAUAGACGAUUCGACAAGGGCACUCCUGAUGAGAAAGCUUGUAAAUGUCCACGCUAUGGUUGGCUACACUGAGUGGCUUUUGAAUGCAACAAACAUAUACAACUUCUACAAAAUGGACAAAGCUCCACAGAACAAUGGUCCAUUCCUUGAACGACUUGUGUACCACAGAGUACAAAAGUACAACCAGCAAGCCAGAGAGCUAUUCUCACCCAGAAAGCCAGAGAUUUGGGAAGACAUAAAUGCAGAAACCGUGAAUGCUGCUUAUCACAUACGAGACAUCAAUGUCAAGGUAUAUGCUGGUAUGCUUUUGGAGCCCUUCUCGUACCUUGAGGUUCCAAUAUACGUGAACUUUGGCACAGUGGGAUUCGUGGCUGGCCAUGAGAUAAUCCAUGCAUUUGAUGACAGAGGUAUCACCAUUGAUGAGCAUGGCAUUGACUUUGACAAAGACCAGUGGUCCCAGGGCACAAAGCAGGAGUUUAACCAGCGCAUGCAGUCAUUGAUUGACUUCUAUGCAAAGACAUUUCAGGUCAACGGCAGCCACACGAGGAAUGAAAAUUUGGCAGACACUUCAGCUGCUAGGUUUUCUUUUAAGUCAUAUCGCCGUGAGCAGGGACCAACCAAAGCACCCGCCUUGCCAGGCUUUGAGAAGUACACUAACGAUCAGCUAUACUUCCUCUCAUUUGCUUCGAUAUGGUGCAACAAUAACAAGUAUGACCCGAACUCCAUCUACAGUAACAACCAUGCAAGGGUGAAUGGACCACUCAUGAACUUGGAUGAGUUCGCAGAGACUUUUCAAUGUCCUCGUGGAAGCAAGAUGAAUCCGACAUGGAAGGCCCCUGUGUGGGAUGUCUGAAGGCUACAAGUGCCGAUACUUACUAUUAGGAGUUUUGCUGCUUAGAUACGCAACUACCUCAGCAUUUACAUAUGCGCAUACACAAGAACAACGUCCAAAGCAUAUAGCCUUGCUAAUGUUGCAUAUUUGCGUGCGACGUUAGAGUCAUGUUAUAGUGACUAUGCAUUUCUAGCUAGAAUUAUUUAAUUAGUGAAACGAAUAUGACAUAUAUCUGCACUUCAAAUGUUCUGUUCAUUUCCAGCAGAUUUUUACCUGAAUGCAUAGCUGCCACAAAACUUAAGAGAUGCGUUAGGUUUUGCUAGAGUGAGAUAAAACAAAUUUGACUUCGCUAUUGAAGUUAAUAGGGCAUAAAAGAGCACAAUGGCCACAGGCACUUAAUUCCAGGGAUAGCAACAUUAGAACAAUCUUUUGUAUAUAGCAGCCAGAAACCACACAUCAUCCCAUAACAUAAUCGCACCACAUUCUUUUAUUAUUUAACUACUUUUCAUUUUCAUACUUCACACUUCAUGAACAACUCCUGGUGAUGUGGUAAAGAAAUAUGACAAAAUGUACAGAAUACAAUGAAUAAAAUAUUUUGCACAUUCA